AUGUUUGUGAAUGUCUUCAAGGCUGUGCAAGAGCGGGACAAUCAAAUCAAGAUGUUGACAGAGCAAGUGGAGCAGUAUACGUGGGAGAUGGAGAGAAAUUCCCUGCUCAUAGAGGAACUCAAGAAGCCCCUGAAGAAAGACAGAGGUGCGUGUCAAAUUCUCUUGUUGUAAAAGCACAUGGAUCUGGAUCCUGUUAAAGGGAAGCCGUUUGGCGCGUUAGCAUGAGCUCUUUAGUUUAGUGUAGCCAUAGACUCUCUGAAGUAGCAUUGUUAGCAAUAGCUCAUAGGUCCAUGGUUUUUCCCCAGGUUUGCCAUCAGCCAUCCAGCAGAGGAACCUGGACGAGCUAAAUGCUAAGCUGCAGGCCACUGAGACAAGAGCACGGGAGGGAGAACGUGUGGCCGAGCUACCCGAGAUAGACGCCAGGGACAAAGAGCUCAGUGACACCCUAAACCACAUGAGACUCUACGAGUCUGUACGUCUGCCCAGCCUGCUCAGUUUCACACACCCAGUUGCUUAAGGGUCCUCCAACAAGCCCACGUUCUUCUACACUAAUCAAAAACCAAUUAUCAUGACCCCUGUGGUUAUUCUCAUGACUCAUGCAACAGGCUUUGUUUUUGAGAUGUCUGGUCUGUCAAAGCUUGUAUCCUAGAUUAAACAAAGUUCGAAAGCCAUGGCUGAUCUCUCUAGGCUCUCUUUACUGUCCUGCAGGGCACUGAUGGUCUGCAGGUGGCCAUCGCUGAGAUCAAAGAGUGUAAGAAUCAGAUGAGAGUGCGAAACCGCGAGGCGGAGGCCAUGACUACAGAUAUCAACCAGAUGGAAAUGAGAAUCAACGACCUCUUGGACGAGAACGCAGAUCUAAAGGAAAGACUCUGUCACAAAGCAAAUUAACUAACGUCAAGUCAAAUUUUAUUUAAAAUUCAUUUCACAAUGUCUCAACACACUUUACAGACAGAUUUUUAAAAUGUAAAAUAAGAACAAGAAACAACAGCAAAGAAAUCAAAAACAGAGAGACGGCAGAUGCAAAAUAAAUGUGUUGUAAUGUGUUAUAUUUCAUAAAGUUAGUGAAUGACCUUAGUAGCUAGACAUUUCCGUUGUUGGAGUGGAUAUCCUUUCAUUCAGUUUCUGUUUUUCAUCCAUCAUCCUCUUUCAUAAGGUCUGGAGCCCAAAGAGGAAGUGGAUCUGACGGAAUUCAGAAGAACCGAAUCCCUGAAACAGCGGCAGUUCAAAGCAGAGAACCAGGUUCUCACCAAAGAGGUAAAUUGGGAUGGGAGGGAACCUCUUGACUUCAAUUUGACUGUGUCCCAAUUGGCACCCUAUUCCCUACAUAGUGCACUACCUUUGACAAGAGCCCUAUGGACACUGGUCAAAAGUAGUGCACUAUACUAUGGGCACAGGUCAAAAGUAGUGCACUAUAUAGGGAAUAGGGUGCCAUUUGGAACAAAACCUUUAGCUCUGCCAGUGGCCCUGUUUCCCUUAUGACCCCAUUUGACCACACAGAUCGAACGACUGGAAGAGGAGAGACUUGAACUGAAGAAACAAAUCAGGCGAAUGGUCAUGGACAAAGGUAAAUACCAGAGGUGGGACCAAGUCACUAUUAUUCGAGUCACAAGCAAGUCUCAAGUCACAAGGUCUGAGUCUCAAGUAGAAUGGGUCAAGACUCGAGUCAAGUCCAAGUUGUGCAUUCUAACUAGAGUCGAGUCACAAGUUUUCAAGUCAAGUCUCAAGUCGAGUUAAAAAUAAGAUCUAUACAUGCAAUGACUUGUUCAACUACAAAUCUUUGUCUAUUUAUUGAGGCUACCAGGCAGCCCUUUUCAUUAUUUAGUCUACAACACAUUUUGAUUAGCUUAUGUAAUCGUAAAAUAGGGGGCUUGUAGCAGUCGCAAGGGCAUGAAAUCAGCAGAAGGCAAGGCAGGUUGACGUGUUCAGAGUGUAGAUUUAUUUACAGGUCUUGUUGAUCCAAUGGUGAAAGUGCCAUAUCAUCCAACAUAUACAAGUAGAUUUACCAAAUAUACAUGUGCAAUAGCCCAAAAUAAAUAGCCUUUGUAUCAGGCUUAACCUGUCCUAUCUGAACGGACACAGGUAGAGCAGAGGGCAAGAGUCCCCUUGAGAAACCAAAUCGAAUAUGUCUCAGUAUGAAAAUGUAUGCACUCACUAACUGUAAGUCGCUCUGGAUAAGAGCGUCUGCUAAAUGACUCAAAUGUAAAAUGUCUAACAGGAGCUCAAACAGGUAGGCCUAUAUAAUAUAAGCACAUGGCCCCCAGAACCAUACAAUUACCCAAUUGGCAAUUACAACAAAUAAACUGGUUCUACAAUGUAAAAGGCAAUUUCCACAUCCAUUGUUACAUUGGUACAUUCAUCUUAAUCAGACUUAAUGAUUAUUAAUGAUAUUUCAACACCAUGCAUACAUGGAACAAUCAUAUUCUAUUUUCAAUGUUCUGACUCCAAUGCGUGGAGCAUAGGCCACGUAGCCUAUUUCUAUUUGCACUGAGGCGCACACGCUCCCUUUACACACAACCAGAAUUAUGCACAACCAGAAUGACAGAGACAUAGGACACAGACACACGGAACUCCAACAUAACCCAGGAAAUAUGAUCAAAGGAAACCAUACAUUAAAUUAAAUAAACAGAACUUCUACCUCAUGAGUCUUGUGAACAUUCAUGUGCACAAUAAACAUUGCGCCCACUCAGAGGGUAAGAAAUGGUUGGCUAAAUGAAAAUGUAUCAUAGGCCUAUCAAACAUGAAACAGAAAUGUCUACAUGUUGCAAUAAACGGUAUGGGGAUGGAAUGAUGAAACGCUAGCAAUUAUUGUAGGAUUAGAUGGAAUAAAGAUUUACCACAUAGGGCCUAUGCAUUUAAACGUUUGAAAGCAAGAGCAAACAUUUCAACAAAAAGCGCUCUCCACUGGCAGGAGUUUGGAGAGCGCAAGUGUAGAGCCGUGCAUAUGGGGCGUCUUCGCCACAGUAAUAAUUCAUUUUAAACAAAAUCCAAACGCAAGCUUCAUGAGUAAAUUAUACAUUUCAAGCGGUUGUUACAUACCAAAAUACCAGUUGGCCUAUGCUAGUAAGUGUUGCCCCAUUGCUGAUGAGCUUGCAAAGUAAACCGUUAAUAUUCAUGAUCACCAAACAAUUUUUGGAGCUACAUAUUUAUUUAUUAUGGCAAUCCUCUUCCUAUAAUUUGACGUUUGCACAAUCAUAUCUAUAGCUGUACAAAAAUUUCCAAAAAUGUGUUUUCACUUUGUUAUUAUGGGGUAUUGUGUGUAGAUUGAUGAGGGAAAAAAACAAUUUAAUCAAUUCUAGAGAAAGUCAAGGGGUCAGAAUAUUUUCUGAAUGCACUGUAUAUGCUUUCUUAUGUACAUCAUUUCCCACAUGUUUUACAGUAUGAGCAUCUGAGGAGAGAGCUGAACCAUAAGGAGAGAGAGUUGGCGCUUCAGAGGACCCAGACAUCUCAGUUUAAAUCCAAAUGUAGGUACAAACUGGGGUUAUAUCGUACAGUAGGAAAGGUUGAAGUACAGGGAUGGCUACUCUGCAUUUCACUAGCUAUAUGCUGUCAGAAUUGUACACUAUAUCUUCCUCAAUACUAUUUCCUAGUAAAGGACUUGGUGCUGUCAAUGCAUUGAACAGAUACUGUGGAUGUCCAAAGGAAUCCCUGUACACAGUUAGAUAAGCUCUGCUGUCUUCUUCUAUGUGUCCCUUAGUUGAAGCAUUGUUUAUGUAGAACAAGCAGCUGGAACAAGUUAUGAAGGAGAUACUUCAGGCAAUCCAGGACACUCAACAGAAAAACCCCUCUUCACAAGCUGCUGUCUUCGGUCUGGAGAGGCUGGUCCAUGUAAGUGCAGCCAGUUGCACCAUCACAGCUGUCCACAUUUGAUAUGUUCUCACUUUAUUAUACACAUUUUUGACCCCAACCCUGCUCCCAUGUUCCAUGUUCCAGGCCAUGAUGAAGAACUCUGAUGGGAAGUUUGACGCCAGCCUUCACCUGAAGGCCCAGGUAGACCAGCUGACAGGAAUGAACGACGAGAUCAGACCGGAAAUGAGGUCAGCUCGGGAGGAAUCUGCCAGCGCCAUGAGUCAACUGGUCAAAGGCAAAAAAAUUGUAUCCAGCUGGCUGGUGACACUUACUGACUUACUGUACAGGAUGUAGGGCUUGUUAUGAGAAAGCCACAGAAUGAUCUUUCACUGAUUCAUGAGUGUAGAUCAGUGGUCACCAAAUGGUCGAUCGCAAUCGACUGGUCGAUCUCCAAGGCAUUCCUAGUCGAUCGCGAAACAUUUAUAUAAAAAAAACAACGAUAAAUCCUUGCAUUCCUACUUUUUCUUUGUCUUGCGCUGUUGCAGAUAAGUGUACUUAUUUCAGCUGCCCUGUGCGCUGGACAGGUGAAGUGUUCCCAUUUUGAACCAUUUCAUGUGUCUGAAGGUACAAAUUCCUCCUACUAGACCUACCGCUAGCCAAUCGGAUUGCUCAGAUCACCGUGUCAUGUCUGCAGCUUCCUCGUUGAUACUGUGAUUUCAAAAUGUCUAAAACCAUGACAAGAGAGAGACUGUCAACAAAUACAGGAAAGAGCUGCUGCUUUUAUGAGUGUUCAUGUUGAAGUUUUAUUCAACUCUGUCAACACUUUUUAUUCCACACUUUUAUAAUCCAUGAAAUGCGCUUCUCCACUCGCGGUGCAACCAGCACUGGAGCUUCAAUGAAUGAGUUAGCAAAGUGUGUCGACAGGCUUGCAUUGUUAUUAGCGGCUGUGUGUUUUUUUAAUAUAGAGGAAUAUUUAACUUUCUCUGGUCAUAGGAGUAACAAGAUGAAUUUGUGCAUGAGCCAACUUGUUAAUUUGUUUUUUUUUGUCAACUUGUUAUUUAUUAUCUUGCCACAGGCAGACCGUUUGGCAAGGCAACAAGGUAGUGUUGUUAAAGGCAGAAGCAGUCAGGUACCUGCAGACUACGAAUAACUCAGUGGGAAGUAGUAAUGUCAUCCAAUCCAUAUAAACCUUUUACAUACUGACACUGUAAUUUCACUCCACCUCAAUAGCUUAAGGCAGGGGUGUCAAACUCAUUUUCCCCGUGGGCCGCAUUCGUCUUCCCGAGUGGCGCAGCGGUCUAAGGCACUGCAUCGCAGUGCUAGAGGCGUCACUACAGAUCCGGGUUCAAUCCAGGGCUGUGUCGCAGCCGGCCGCAACCGGGAGACACAUGAGGCAGCGCACAAUUGGCCUAGCAUUGUCCGGGUUAGGGGAGGGUUUGGCCGGCUGGGAUGCCCUUGUCCCAUCACGCUCUAGCGACUCCUUGUGGUGAGCCGGGCGCAUGCACGCUGACUUCGGUUGCCAGCUGUACGGUGUUUCCUCCGACACAUUGGUGCGGCUGGCUUCCGGGUUAAGCGAGCAGUGUGUCAAGAAGCAAUGCGGUUUGGCAGGGUCGGCUCUCGACCUUCACCUCUCCCGAGUCCGUACGGGAGUUGCAGCGAUGGGACAAGACUGUAACUACCAAUUGGAUAUCACUAAAUUGGGGAGAAAAAGGAGUAAAAACCAAUAUUUAUAAUAUUUCAUAGCCGUCAAAAUGUGCAAAAAAUUGUUAUCUAUCCAUCCCUUUUGGAAUUUUCGAUGCUCCCUGACUGUCUGUCUAGCUUUCUAUUCGAUGACUGUUCGCAAGCUGGACAGAGUGAAAAGACUAUAAAUGUAGGUCCAUUAUGAGUCUGGACGGGACGGGGUGAUCUUUAGGACCCUGAAUCUCCCCGACGACAUGGCCCCAUCCAGCACUGAGAUCAUCAGCUCUCUGAAUGAGUUUGCCAUUCGACUGUUACAGGUCAGUCUCACCCAACUCCGCCUACAGCUGUUUUCCUAAUUGGUUGUGUUUGAGAUUGACAACCUUGCAGUGGGCGACUGCAAUUUAGUCGAUCUCAAACACGCACCAUCUAUUGUCUUUCUCUCUGUAACAUUUCUCUCAAAUGAUCUGAGAGACAUUUUCACACACACAAUGUUAUUUUAUAGGAGUUCAAAAACGAGGAGGAGUCAAGCCAGCAGCUGGUGGCAGCCUUGGAGGAGUACAAGGGGAAGUUUGCUGUGAGGAUCAUCUCUACAAGGAGCACCAAAGGUACAGUAGACCAGUUGGUUGGGAUGAUCUGCAGAUUGAGGACCAAACUUACUGUAAAUGUAUUACAGUGGUGCUUGGCACCUAACAAAUCAAAACACACCCAUAAGCUUAAAAAGAUCAACAUGGACAUCCCCCAUUAUCGUUAAGAAUAGUAAUGUCGGGCCAGCCCCCUAUUUUUUAUGGCACCAGAAAAGGCAAUGUGUCAUUUGAACGUGGUCAUCGUGACACACCUACGUACACCAAAACUGAUACCCACAAAGCUGAAAAGAACACAAAACUCUAACUUAUCUCUGUGUAUUAUGAUGAUUGUAGUGAGAAGGAGGCCUGGCAGAAGGAGAGACAUACUUUCACAGAGAUGAAGAACAAGCUAGAGGAGCAGAAGGAGGUGGACAGUGAAGCUCAAAGAGUUCAAUGUGAGUGACAGAGCCAAACAUUACGCAUUCACACAAGUGGCUCAAACACUGUAUCUCUAAACUUAGGCAUUAUGUAUUUCUAAUCCCCUCUGUGUCCAAUAGCACUGGCUGGAAGCACUGCAGAAGGAUCCAGAGGAGCUGUGGAGGCAGGUGGCAGGAUGACGGUGCUGCGUGUGAACGAGAAGACCCUGACACAUCGUUACACCACCCUGCUGGAGCAGGAGCAGCACCUCCGCAAGAACAGCAACCUGAACAAUGACUUCAGCACCAUGCAGGCCUCCGUCACACAGAGGAUAGGAUACCUGAUCAGAUACAAGGUACACAUGCCCUCUGAUUGGCUGAAAUGUCGCCAUAUUGCAUACACCUAUCGAGGAACAAUAAAAGUAGGGUCAAGUGUAGAUGGUUUCAUACUGCCAAUAAAUAACUGUGUAGUGUAUAUUUUUUAAUGACUGGUAUAGAUAAUCAAUUUAACCCGUUUUAAAGCUGCAAGAUGUAAGUUUUUGGGCAACCUGACAAAAUUCAAUUAGAAAUGUGAGUUAUAGAUCUGUUAUUUUCAUUGAAAGCAAGUCUAAGAAGUGGUAGAUCUGUUCUAUAUGUGUUAUUUCUAUGCUUCCCAUUCUUAAGUUUAGUUUUUUGUGUCUUUUACUUUUGGUUUUGUACCCCAGCUUCAAACAGCUGAAAAUACAAUAUUUUUGGUUAUGGAAAAUAUAUUUCACAUCAAUUUAGAUGGUACAAUGAUUCUCUACACUAUGCUUGCUUGUUUUGUCACAAACUGAAAUUAGGCAAACUAUUAGAAUUUUAGCAACCAUGAAAUGGUGGAGGGAGUUCUGCAUUGUGUACCUUUAAGGAAGAAUCAAUCGUUUUCUUUACAAGACUUGAUAUAGCAUUUUCUUACUUUCCACUUUUGUAGGAAAUAGCUGCUUAUAAGAUGUCAGGGCUGCAGAAAGAGCCAAUAAACAGUACACAGAGCUGAUGGUGAAGUACAGGGAUAUGCUGCAGAUAGACAACCACCUGGUAAAAAGGACCACCAACCUUCAACACCUAGAGGUAGGAAAACAACAAUAUAUACAUUACCGUUCAAAAGUUUGGGGUCACUUAGAAAUUCGAAAGAAAAUAAAAAAAAUUGUCCAUUAAAAUAACAUCAAAUUGAUCAGAAAUACAGUGUAGACAUUGUUAAUGUUGUAAAAGGCUAUUGUUGCUGGAAACGGCUGAUUUUUAAUGGAAUAUCUACAUAGGCAUACAGAGGCCCAUUAUCAGCAACCAUCAGUCCUGUGUUCUAAUGGCACGUUGUGUUUGCUAAUCCAAGUUUAUCAUUUUAAAAGGCUAAUUGAUCAUUAGAAAACCAUUUUGCAAUUAUGUUAGCACAGCUGAAAACUGUUGUGCUGAUUUAAAGAAGCAAUAAAACUGUCCUUCUUGAGACUAGUUGAGUAUCUGCAGCAUCAGCAAUUUAUUUGAUUAUAGGCUCAAAAUGGCCAGAAACAAAUAACUUUCUUCUGAAACUCGUCAGUCUAUUCUUGUUCUGAGAAAUGAAGGCUAUUCCAUGCGAGAAAUUACCAAGAAACUCCGGGAUGCUGACCUUCUAGGCAGAGUUGCAAAGAACUCUGUAGCUCAAUUGGUAGAGCAUGGCGCUUGUAACGCCAGGGUAGUGGGUUCGAUCCCCGGGACCAUGCACACAUGACUGUAAAUCGCUUUGGAUAAAUGGCAUAUUAUAUUAUAUUAUAUUAUUUUGUCAGACCUCAAAUAAUGCAAAGAAAAUAAGUUCAUGUUCAUUUUUAAACAACACAAUAGUAAUGUUUUAACUUAGGAAGAGUUCAAAAAUCAAUAUUUGGUGGAAUAACCCUGAUUUUCAAUCACAGCUUUCAUGCGUCUUGGCAUGCUCUCCACCAGUCUUUCACAUUGAUGUUGGGUGACUUUAUGCCACUCGUGGCGCAAGAAUUCAAGCAGCUCAGCUUUGUUUGAUGGCUUGUGACCAUCCGUCUUCCUCUUGAUCACAUUCCAGAAGUUUUCAAUGGGGUUCAGGUCUGGAGAUUGGGCUGGCCAUGACAAGGUCAAGUUUUCUUCCAGGACAACCUUGUACGUGGCUUGAUUUAUUCGUCCUUGACAAAGACAAAUCUGCCCGAUUCCAGCCUUGCUGAAGCACCCCCAGAUCAUCACAGAUCCACCACCAGAUUUCACAGUGGGUGCGAGACAAUGUGGCUUGUAGGCCUCUCCAGGUCUCCGUCUAACCAUUAGACGACCAGGUGUUGGGCAAAGCUGAAAAUUUGACUUAUCAGAGAAGAUGACCUUACUCCAGUCCUCUACGGUCCAAUCCUUAUGGUAUUUUGCAAACCUCAGCCUGGCUCUUCUUUGCUUCUCAUUGAUGAAGGGAGCCAGAAACUUUUUUCUAGCUUUGCACGACUUCAGCCCUGCCAUUAGGAGCCUGUUUUGAACCGUCCUCGCCGUGCACUUCACCCCAGCUGCCGUUUGCCAUUAUUUGUGUAGGUCACUUGAUGUCAUCCUACGGUUGUUGAGUGACAUUCGAAUGAGUUGGCAGUCAUCCUGGUCAGUAGAGAGUCGUUUUCGCCCUCUGCCAGUCUGUAGCUUUGUUGUCUCCAAUGUCUGCUGCUUGACCUUGUUCUUAUGAACCGCCGUCUUUGAAAUGUUAAGGAUGGAAGCAACCUGAAGCUCACUGUAUCCCUCUGCCAGUAAAGCCAGAAUUGAAACCUUAUUUUCCUCACUCAAAACUUUCAUUUUCAACUCUUUUGGCAUGGUCAAUAGUUAUUUUUUGAUUAAUAUUACUUUUGAGGUACUAUUAGCACUGUUUAUAUAUAUACAGUGGGGAAAAAAAGUAUUUAGUCAGCCACCAAUUGUGCAAGUUCUCCCACUUAAAAAGAUGAGAGAGGCCUGUAAUUUUCAUCAUAGGUACAUGUCAACUAUGACAGACAAAUUGAGAAAAAAGGAUUUUUAAUGAAUUUGUUUGCAAAUUAUGGUGGAAAAUAAGUAUUUGGUCACCUACAAACAAGCAAGAUUUCUGGCUCUCACAGACCUGUAACUUCUUCUUUAAGAGGCUCCUCUGUCCUCCACUCGUUACCUGUAUUAAUGGCACCUGUUUGAACUUGUUAUCAGUAUAAAAGACACCUGUCCACAACCUCAAACAGUCACACUCCAAACUCCACUAUGGCCAAGACCAAAGAGCUGUCAAAGGACACCAGAAACAAAAUUGUAGACCUGCACCAGGCUGGGAAGACUGAAUCUGCAAUAGGUAAGCAGCUUGGUUUGAAGAAAUCAACUGUGGGAGCAAUUAUUAGGAAAUGGAAGACAUACAAGACCACUGAUAAUCUCCCUCGAUCUGGGGCUCCACGCAAGAUCUCACCCCGUGGGGUCAAAAUGAUCACAAGAACGGUGAGCAAAAAUCCCAGAACCACACGGGGGGACCUAGUGAAUGACCUGCAGAGAGCUGGGACCAAAGUAACAAAGCCUACCAUCAGAAACACACUACGCCGCCAGGGACUCAAAUCCUGCAGUUCCAGACGUGUCCCCCUGCUUAAGCCAGUACAUGUCCAGGCCCGUCUGAAGUUUGCUAGAGUGCAUUUGGAUGAUCCAGAAGAGGAUUGGGAGAAUGUCAUAUGGUCAGAUGAAACCAAAAUAGAACUUUUUGGUAAAAACUCAACUCGUCGUGUUUGGAGGACAAAGAAUGCUGAGUUGCAUCCAAAGAACACCAUACCUACUGUGAAGCAUGGGGGUGGAAACAUCAUGCUUUGGGGCUGUUUUUCUGCAAAGGGACCAGGACGACUGAUCCGUGUAAAGGAAAGAAUGAAUGGGGCCAUGUAUCGUGAGAUUUUGAGUGAAAACCUCCUUCCAUCAGCAAGGGCAUUGAAGAUGAAACGUGGCUGGGUCUUUCAGCAUGACAAUGAUCCCAAACACACCGCCCGGGCAACGAAGGAGUGGCUUCGUAAGAAGCAUUUCAAGGUCCUGGAGUGGCCUAGCCAGUCUCCAGAUCUCAAGCCCAUAGAAAAUCUUUGGAGGGAGUUGAAAGUCCGUGUUGCCCAGCAACAGCAACAGCCCCAAAACAUCACUGCUCUAGAGGAGAUCUGCAUGGAGGAAUGGGCCAAAAUACCAGCAACAGUGUGUGAAAACCUUGUGAAGACUUACUGAAAACGUUUGACCUGUGUCAUUGCCAACAAAGGGUAUAUAACAAAGUAUUGAGAAACUUUUGUUAUUGACCAAAUACUUAUUUUCCACCAUAAUUUGCAAAUAAAUUCAUUAAAAAUCCUACAAUGUGAUUUUCUGGAGAAAAAAAAUCUAAUUUUGUCUGUCAUAGUUGACGUGUACCUAUGAUGAAAAUUACAGGCCUCUCUCAUCUUUUUAAGUGGGAGAACUUGCACAAUUGGUGGCUGACUAAAUACUUUUUUCCCCCCACUUUUUUCCCCCAAUCUUUACGAAGAUUAUAUACAUAUCCUUUAAAAAUAUAUAUUUUCCUUUAUUACUUUCCAACCCCACCACCCCUCCCUUAAUUGGAGUAAACUAGUGAACAACAUCGCUUAGGCCUAUACUUCCAGCUUAUACAUACUAUAUACAUUUUAUGGACACAAAGUCUAUUUUAUAAUAGUUAUAUUUUGUUAGUUUUUACUCCUGAACUUCCGCUACCCUCAACCUCUCCGAUCAUUUUCAUGAUGUCCAUCCGGUUUGCUACUAUAUGCCAUAUCUUUCAAACUGUGGUCUUUCACAAAAGUUCUUAACCUAUAUACUUAUUAUGGACACAGUAUGUUUUACAUUAGUUAUCUUGUUGUUAUUAGUUGUUAUUAGUCCCAACCUUCAGCUCCAUUCAACCUCUCCCAUCUAUCUCUUAACGCCAUCCAUAUUGGAUUUCUAUUUGCCAUAUAUUUUUCAAAUGUACUGUGAUGUUUCACAAAUGUUCUGAACCCUUCUAUUCUCAUUGUUUCUACAGAUUGUAAAUUGUAAAUAAACAAUUUUGCUAAAGUAUUAUUAUAUUAUUGAUCAUUUGACUUUGACUUUUCAGAUCACCCAGUAGUGCUAUCUGCAGGGUUAGCUCCAGGUAAAUAUUGCAAUCCUUCAGCCAUUCCUGGACCUGUGACCAAAACCAAGCUACAAAUGGACAGUACCAAAACAAAUUAUCUAAUGAUUCUGUCUCUUCGCAGCAAAAUCUGCAGAGCUGGGAAGAUUGUAUCCGCCAUAUAAAUAACAUUCUAUUGGUAGCAAGAAUUGUGUAUAAUAAUUUAAAUUGAAACAUUUUAAGUUUUGAAUCCGGUGUCGUAUUGCGUAUCAGUUCAUAAACCAUUUGCCAUGGAAUCGGUACGUCAAAAAUAUGAUAUAAUUUACGAAGAUUAUACCUUUUUUAAACAUUUUCUCAAAAAAAGUUUUUUAUCAAUUCGUAUAUUUGAGUUUAAACACUUUGUUGCAUUAUUUGUUCUGUCGUUUCUGGAGGAUUACAUUGAAAUUGCAACCAACUUUCUAUGGCUUGUUUUAGAAAUAGUGAUAUUUGGGAGAUGAGUUCCUUUUCAAAUAACUGAAAGUGAGAGGUUGUAAUCUGAAUAAAGGGAAAAGGCCAUUCUUGAACAUGGGGUGAGACAAUCUUACUAAUUUGCUAGAGAACCAGUUCGGAUUUACGUAUAACUUUAAUAUGACUGAAGCUUUUAGUGAUAGGUCUAAUGCUUUAAUAUUUAAUCAUUUCUGUCCUCCGAAUUCAUAUUCAUUAUAUAAAUAGGCCCAUUUAAUUUUGUCUGGCUUGCCGUUCCAAAUAAAAUUGAAUAUUUUUUUCUCGUAUAAUAAAAAAAACAAAGUUUCGCUAGGUGUAGGCAAGACCAUAAGCAAAUAGGUAAACUGGGAUCAGGGUGAUUUUUUUCCACAAAUAGACAGGUAUUUACUUUUCCAUGGUAGCAAGAUCUUAUCUAUUUUUGCUAACUUUCUGUUAAAAUGUAUUGGAAUGAGAUCAUUUAUUUAUUUUGGAAUAUGUAUACCGAGUAUAUCCACAUCACCAUCAGACCAUUUUAUUGGUAAACUACACAGUAAUGUAAAAGUUGUAUUUUUUAGUGAUCAGUACGUAAUAUAGUAAAUGUAUCAUAAUUUGGUUGUAAUCCAGAGAGGUUAGGAAAUGUAUCUAGAUCCUCUAUGAGGCUGUGGAGGGAUUCAAGAAAACAUGAAUCAUCAGCUAUGAAUAGCAGGCCUGGUUUCCCAGAUUGUUCAUAGUGUUCUAUUGUUUCCAGUACUUGCCUUAUAUUAUCUCCAAUGUAUCGUCCAUGUAAAAAAACCUGUCUGAUUAGAAUGAAUAAUGUCUGACAAUACCUUUUUAAUUCUAUGCGCUGUACAUUUUGCUAGAAUUUUUGCAUCCCAACACUGAAGUGUAAGGGGCCUCAAAUUAUUGUUGCUAACUGUACAUUUUUCCUUAUAUCUUAGGGUGAGAAUGUGUCCCUUGGUGAGCACAUUUCUGCCCUCAAUAAAGAGCUGGAGAUUACUAAGGAGGAACUCCACACUCUGGAGCAGGCAUGGGAGCACACCAACACAUUAAGUAUGCAAAGGUUCACAACUGAGUGUGUAUAAUUUGAUACGCUUUUCAUGUCUUUUCUAUUUUCACGUUUAGAACAUGGAGAUGGCGUGCCAAUCGUUGGAUGACAACAUAGCAUGGAAAAAUUCACCCAGAGACAAACAAAAAAAGUAACUGUGAAAUCAGUGAGCCCAUAGUGUCUCUCAGAAGCCCUGCUGUGAUUUUUCACCUGGGAUCAUUCCUUUGCUCUCGGGUGGUGAGAGCAGCAUGGACAAAGCAGCGAAGGCGGUGUCCAACAGUGAGAUUGUUUCUGCCCCCGGAAGGAUCACCAUGCUGGAGAUGAAGGAUCAGAAUGCGCGGCAGAGGGCCGCCUCAGGAACUCCCUCAGAUGAACACCUCAGGAACUCCCUCAGACAGGUGGAGGAGCGCAACGUGGAGCUGGAGACCAAGUUCACCGAGGUAGGAGAGAUGAGAGAGCUAUCUUCAUAG